AAAAGUUAAGGGGACACCCGGGAUCGAACCGGGGACCUCUCGAUCUGCAGUCGAAUGCUCUACCACUGAGCUAUAUCCCCAGUGAAGCUGUUCCGUCUCGUAAAUAUAUUUAUACAAUGUGUACAUUUUUUUCCUCUUUCUCUUCAUAUGUUAUAUUUCCUUGUUAUGUGUCUUGCGUUUUGUGUACUUUUUCGAAAACUGAUCUAUGUAACUUGACUGUAAACCAAAUGUUUGAAAGGAAACUAAGUUACAUUUCUAUGUAGCAACGGGAGCGUUUAUCUCAGAUACCAACAUGGCAGCCACCACAGUUUUGGAGUCCUAGUACUGUUCAUAAAGUCGAAGCAAGGUUUACAGGGUUUGAAGUAUCUGUAAACACUCAAGUUAAAAAAAAAAAUGGCAGAUCAUGAGGACACAGAAUCUUCUGAAAAAGAAAAGAAAGCAGCCCAACAUGAAGAGAAAGAACAGGACACGGCGACAAGUGAUCGAAGAAAGUCUGGAGAUGUUAAGAAGAAUGUCUCCUCCUUGAGAAAUAAGCCUGGGAGUGCUCGUAGUACUCAGUCAUCUGCAAAGUCCGAAAUGAAAGGGAAGGCAGGAAAAGGCAAGGAUGGAAAAGGAAGAGUAACAGGCCAAGAAGAGAAGAAACCUGAGCAAGUACCUGAACCAGUAGAUGAAGGAGUCAAAGAGGGCGGCCUUCCUGCUGGAUGCUCCCCACUUUUUAUGACCUCCAAGACCCAGGAAAUCUUCCACUGUGUAUGUGAUCAAGAUGUGACUGCUGAUAAUCCAAUAAAGAUCAUCACUAAGCAAGAGAUCCUAGAUGACAUGAGGAACCGUGCUGCGAUAAGUGACUUUCAUCCCUUCAAGCCACAGAUUAUUGAUUAUCCUUCAGAUGAGAUUUUGGUGGUAUUUGAUGCUGAAUUCAAAUAUGGACAAAACUUCUACAUUGCUUUGACAGAGGAGGCUAAGAACUGAUUCUCAAUGUUACAGCCACAGGCAAAAGAGAGUGAAGAAACUGAAGAAGUGGAGGAGGAAGUGCAGUAUGUUUAUGUGCCUCCAACUCCUAAAGACUGGAUCUCACAGGGCAGUGAGAAGGAAGUGGAGGAAGAGAAUGUGGUAGAGAUCAGAGAAAAAAUCAAGAUGUCCAUAAAAAGACUGCGAAAGUACUUUGGUGCACCAGUUACUUUCAAAGAUAGGAACUCAGGCGAUACAAAGCAAGGCACCGUUGAGUGCCUUCCAUAUGAAGACAAGAGCUUUGAUCUAAGGAAGAUGGAGCUGACAAAAAGCAUACAGGCAGUACCACAGCAGAUAGACAAAGGUGUCCAAACGGUUUGGAAGUAUCCCAAAAACAACAACACUCAGUAUUAUUCACGUGAGUUCUCUAAAGAGGAACUGGAGAAAAUUGAGGCAUCAGAUGAUUUUCUCUACUUUCUCAAGGAGGUGGAGCCAAGGUUUAAUCUUGCACUGCAACAAAAUGCUAUCAUGAAUGUUUUCUAUGAUGACUGGAUAAAUCUGGGAGAUGCAGAUGAUGCUUUUGGCAGCAAGGCAGAUAAUCAUCUCAAGGAGUACCAGUCCUUCACAGACCUACAGUUUAGCAAGGACAAAACAAUAACCUGCAUCCAGUGGCAUCCUACUAUAAAAGGUGUGGUAGCUGUGUCCAUAGCUGAAAGAUUAUCUUUUGAUGAGCGUAUCGAUCAGGCUGCAAAGGUCAUAAUGACACCUUCUCUAAUUCUCAUCUGGAGUUUUGUUGAUCCCAUAAAUCCUCAGCUGAUCCUAGAGGCACCAGAAGACAUAUUUAGUUUUGCAUUCUGCCCUACUGAUCACAACAUCAUUGCAGGAGGCUGCUACAAUGGCCAGAUUGUAUUAUGGGAUAUUGCAGCUUAUACUGAUAGGUUGAAACAGCUUCGGGCUGGAAAUCGUCAUAAACGCAGUAAUGUUUUGCCAGGUUUUGAAGAUCCCAAUGCUCUGAAGACUCCAAUUGUGCGGUAUUGUGCAGUUUCAAGCAUAGAGCAUGGGCAUAAGGCUUCUAUUACAGACAUCCAGUGGCUACCUGAUCAUGUGACAAUAAGCCGGAUGGGUGUACCUUUGGAGAAUAAAAGCUUUCAGUGUGUACAGCUCAUUACUUGUGCCACAGACAACUGUAUAUUGUUCUGGGACACUCGCCCAUCCAAAGGACAACAAGCCAAAGAAGAGGAUAAAGGACCAAAAACUCCGAUGGGUAUUUCUAACACAUUUAAAUAUCUGGAUCUCACCUGGAAACCUAUGCUUAAGAUGCAUUUGUCAAAGUCUGAACCUGGUGGAGACCAUGCACCUGUCAAGUUCUCUUUGCAUGAGCGGCAAGGUGACCGAUCAGCAUUGCAGUUUGCAGGAGACACAACAGAAAAAGAUCCUACACAAACAAUGACUGGUGGCUUUGCAGCAAAUAUUCCAAAGCCUAGUUCAGGCAAAGAGCGAACACUGGAAGGUGUUCGCACUUGCCUCUUUACUGGUACUGAGGAUGGAGAAAUAGUUUAUGGAGAUUGGAUGCCACAGAAAGAUCAGGAUACUGGAAAGCUGCAGACACCAAAACCAAGCUUUUAUCAUGGAUCCCAUGAUGGCCCUGUCGUAGCCUUAGAGCGGUCUCCAUUCAUGAAAGAAGUUCUUCUCAGUGUUGGGGGAUGGAAUUUUACUAUUUGGAAGGAGGGUGUCAGUAGUGGCCCAAUUAUACAGUCUGCCUCAGGAUCUGUGCAUUUGACCUGUGGCAAAUGGUCACCAACACGUGCUGGAGUGUUUUACAUUUCAAAAGCAGAUGGCGCAGUGGAUGUGUGGGAUCUACUUGACAAGACACAUGAGCCCUGCCUCACUCAGAGUGUAUCUCCGGCACCUAUUACUAGCAUCUAUCCAUAUCAAACUACACAAAAACAGCAAUUACUGGCAGUGGGUGAUAACUCCGGUACCCUUCACAUCAUGGAAGUCCCCUGGAGUCUUCGUCAGCCCACACCUGGAGAGCUGAAUGGUGUCACAAAUUACAUUGAACGAGAGGUGAAGCGACGUGCAUUUGUGGUUGAGCGAUGGAAUUUUCGGGAGCAAGAAAAGCAGGAGAUGGUACAAGAAAUCAAGCGCAAGGCUGGUAUUGCACCAAAUGUGGUCCUCACAGAUGAGGAGAUUGAACAGAAGCAAAAGAUGGAGUAUCAAGCAUACCUUAAUGAUGAAUACUCCUUUCUUCGCGAACUUGGCAUUGUGAAGGAGGAGGAAGAAGCACUUCCUGACUGAAUCUGAACAUUGCUUGCAGUCAACAGGGAGUUUGCCCCUCCCCCCACCCACUAAAGCUGAACAUCUUCUUAUACAACUGAGAGGGAUCAAUGAUCUCAGAAAAUGUAUUUUUCAGUAGCAGGAAAAAAAAAAACAGAAAAAAGACUCAUAUACAGAGCAGACUCACAAAUGAACAUGCAGAUAGGCAUGUGCAUAAGCAAAGAACUGUAAAGCAGCAGGUGGCCAAAAAAAUAUGGUACCCAAAAGACUGCUUUAUAUUUUAAAAGAGUUCUUUUGUUUCAUUAUUUUCUACUAACAUUUGUUUCAUAAACUGUUUUGUUUUUGUGUUUUACAUAUAUUUCUGAUACUUUGGGGUUUCACUUUUAAGCCAAUAAUUUGUUUCUUAUUGUUUUUAAAAACCUUUUGCUUGAUUUUGUGUAAGGAUGACUCAACAGGUGAAAUACAAUGGUGUUUAAAAUGUAUCAAUUCAUAUAAAGCUGAGUAAAUGAUAACUUCUGUUAAUGA